AUGAUUCAAAAAUGGUAUGACGUCUUGCAAAGUUCCUCCCCAUGGAACUUUUAUAGAAUUUCCUUCGAUCUUCUCAUUAUCGCAAAUCCAUGGAAUUUAAUUCAAUGGUUUCUUCUAACAACCAUUACCAUGGCACUUACAACAUAUUUUAAUGUGUCAUUUUUCUCAACAAUUACAUUAGAUGUUACUCAAGGUUUGAAGUAUCUUUUGAUGUUAAUCAUAACCCAGACGGCUUCAUCGUAUUGUUCACUUCGACUACGUUCAGUGAAGAAAACAUUUCUUCUUGAUUUUCUCGAACAAUUUCUAACAAAGAUAAAUCAACGAAUUCUCAGCGCGAACUGGAUUCAAAUCAAAUUAUCCGAUCAAGUUGAAAUUCGGCGAAAGAUUGAAGAAGCAUGCUGUUCUGUUUUAAAUCUAGUCGAGGAUCUGAUCGACAAGUUUCAGGAAGUUUCUAAAUUUCUCGUGACGAUUCUUACAAUCUUUUAUAUUUGCCCAUUAGCAACGAUUAUAAUUGGUAUUAUUUACAUGUGUUUCUAUCGAUUUUAUUUGAGCAAGCAAAGUGAUAGAUUACUGAAUACGAAACUGAAAAUCAUUGAAAGAAACGAGAAAUUAAAUUCAAAAUAUGCGCGAGCCAAUGCAAAUAUGUUCGAAUAUGUUAUUCAUCACGAGAAAAACCACAUCAUUCGGGUUACAAAUGAAUUAAAAGUUGAUAUCGAACGAGCAUGGUUUGAUCUCGAUCAUCUUUACGAUUAUUUAUCAUUGAAAGAAGAUAUUCUUGGUAAACUAUGCACAUUCGUCACCAUUACUAUAUAUUAUUCUUUAAAUGGUGUAACAACUUUUAUUCUUCCAUUAUAUCAUUAUCUAUCAACGUUGACAGAUAAUGUUCAUAGUUUGUUCACUUCAUAUAUUCGUUGGUUAAGAUGGAAAAAAGAUUAUGAUGUUAUUCAGCCAAUCCUUGAAGAGCAUCAUGAACGAAGCAAUGUCGAACAAGUCGAUUUGCAGUCUCAAUUUCAAAUUUGUGAUCUGUCAUUCCAUUAUAGUGGAACAAGGCAAACAUUUCAUUUACAACUUCCUAAUUCACUAACAUUUAAUAUGGGAGAAACAAUAUUAGUCACAGGAAAAAGUGGAGCUGGUAAAUCAACGUUUUAUGAUAUUCUUAAUGGUUCGAUACCGAUGAGUGAUUAUUCAGCUACAGUCUGUAUCGAUCAUCCCGAACACCCGGGAACGUUACAUUCGAUCGAAAAAUCCCGAACGAUGGUUUUACAAGAUAGUAACAUGGACUAUCGAUCAACUAUCUACAGUAUGGUAACAAAUAUCGACGAAGAUGAUGUGAAUCAAGAACGUACACCUGAACUCGACUCACUUGUAUGGGAUUUACUACAUCUGGUUCAAAUUGACGAUUUCGUACGAGAUGAACUCGACAGCGAUCUAAAUCAAGAAAUGGAAAAUAAACUUAGUGGCGGUCAAAAGACACGAUUGUUAUUAGCACGAGCCUUGUAUCGCGCGUAUCAUCGUCAUUCGACAUUACUUGUUCUUGAUGAACCUGACAAAGGUUUGCCAUCCGAAACAACAGUAACAAUCAUAGAGAAUAUUAUCAAAUGGUACCGACCAAAAGGUAUCCUCUUCCUUACUUUGCACACUGAACAAGCACAUGCACUUGAUUUCGAUCAAAUUCUGCAUGUUGAACAAGGUGUGAUUACCAAAGUCAAGUAA